UAUGUUCAAUUUCUUUUAUAUCAACUGUUUUUUUUUUUUUCAAAACCCAAGUUUGACACUUUUGUGCAAAGUACCUUUUAGGAUCAUUGAAUUCCCAGUUUCCGCUUUCUCGUCUCUCCGAACUCGUGUAUCGUUCCUUCAUUCACGUAACUUUUCGAAUAAUCACAGAGUGUAGGACGACUCCAGACGGUUAAUUACCAGCUCUCUUGGUCUAACUAUAUACGAGCUAUCUAGACUUGCGCGCCUCGCGAGAAGCAACCGGACGUUCAGAUCGAAGCUGCUCUCUGUCGAGGCGACCUCCUCGCUCCACAUACUCGCCGCGUGCGGAAUCUCAAGUUUCGGAGUCUAGGAACCGAAUUUAUAGACGUACCGGCCGGACGUGGAGCUACUAGUCGCUCUAGAUUUCCGUGAGAGCAACCCUCUCUAAAAUUUUUCGGACAAAUUUGUUUUUUUUUUUGGAAAACGCUCUUUUCCUCUCGGUUCGAAACAAUUGUUCAUGAUCUUUCGGAUUUGGCUAUUGUGUAACUUUGGAAAUCGAUUUGCCUAUUCCGUACGCGCGCGUAUCUACUGACGAUCGUCGGAUUGAUAUGUAUAUCGUUACAUGUUAAUGUUAUUUUAUGACAAAAAAAAAGCUACGCAACGACACAUCGUCGAAUCAACACAUCGUUCGUACGACUGCGCGGAACUGAGUCUCAGGUGUAUUAUCGAAAAUUCGAAAUCGCUCUAGGUGAGAAUUCGAGAUAGAGACGUUACUUGCGCGCACUAUAGUUGAACGCAACUGCUACCUGUUACCUUUCGCGGAUGCUCGAGUCCAGAUGUAUCUAUACCUAGAACGAAUGUGGCUCAUCGAUUCGUACGUACUUGAUGCCUCGAUGUUACCAUCGAAUGUUAAGAGAGUUUAUAAAAAUAAACGAUUAAAUAUUCGCGCGUAAUAUGGAUAAAUUGAACGUAGAUUGAGAACGAUGCGAUUAUUAAUAAAAAAAAAUAUUAUAAUUAAAAGUCGAUUGUUCUCAUUUUUAUCCGCCUGACUUUAUCGAUGAUUACAGAACAUCUCGUAAUUGUAUAAUACAACCAGAUUAGAAUGUAGCGUGUCGGAAACGGAAAGAGAGAGAUGUGCAAUAAUUGUUCUGUGUGUUUAAAAGUUGUUGCGUAAUUAAUUUCGAUUCGAAAAUUCUUUUUUAUAUUAUUCAAAGAAAUCGGUAUCUACAUCAAUCAGAUACAUCGCAUAUAUCGGCAACGUGACUGAUGAUAUAAUUCAUUUAGAAAAAAAUAGAAAGAGGGGUGACUCGCGACAAGGGUACGGCUUCCCUCAGUUGCGUUUGAACGGAGCGUGGUGUCACGGCGACUUUUUUUAUUUAGAGAAAAACGUGUAAUGUAAUUUCACACAGAUACACACACACACACACACAUACACAGAUAGAACGACCCUCACCCUAGAGACAAUUGUUCGAAGAAAACAUUUUUCAAAUGUCAUUGAGAAUUAUUAAAGAAUGUGAAACAUUAUUUUAAACACUAUAAAUAGCGAAACUUUUUCCGAGAUGAAAUUCUACGAUGUCGUUUGAAGGGCAGCUACAGAAAACUCGGAAAACUCUUGUCACACGAGUUUGUUUUUUUUUUUCAAGUGCAUUAUUCGAAGAAAGAAAAAUCGAUAAUGAAUGUAAAGCUACACUUUUAAAGGUGAGUAUACACGUAGCAAAUACGAACACAUUUGAUUAGCCGAAGAACAGAUCAAUGCGAUUGGUAAAUUUUGCGCUUGUUCGCCUCGUAGCACGUAUCUAGCUUAAGAUGAACUUUGACAUUCGCCCUGUAAUCGUAAAAAUUGGAACAUCGCGAGGGUGCGAGGAGAUGCGCGUAUCUCGUGUUGAAUGUCGAAGUGGCGCUUGUCACGCGAUUUAAUAAACGCCAUCGAAAUUAAUGGCCGCGAGAGCGGAUGGGACUUUCGUGAAGGAUGCCUUUCGUGCUAAACGACGCUUUGGCGCUUUGCGUGACGUCACUCAAGUCGAACGGCGAAUACUAAUCAUUGCGCGUAAUUUGCGAAAUGAUAAACAAUGAUGGCAAAUGAUAUGCUGAUCAGAACUUUAUUCGUGCUGAGCGUUAUUCCGUUGACUUUAAGCACGCGCGAACAAUUUCUGUGUUUUAAAAACAGCACGUUAUUGGAAACCGCGGGCGACGCUAUUUUAACCGUUUUUGUGGACGCCAAUUAUGGACAGUAUUGCAAUAUAUCGUCUGCUGAGGGUUUCCAGCAAGUUUUAACUGCGCUACACGUGGUGCGAACUUUGAAUAAGUACGACUACGUACCAGAUGUAAAGUUGGGAUUAAGAAUUGUUGACACGUGUCACGACGAAGUUACAAUAUUUCGACAAAUCUUGCAAGUAGCGAGCGAGUAUAAUUGCGACUACGAGCUGGGACUGGUCGUAUCGUCUCGAUAUAAUUCCGUAGCAGAUCCUUUUCGCAAUUAUGGAGGUCUGCUUAUCAAUACUUACGAAAAACAGAAUUUCAUAGAACCCGCGAUCGAAAUUCUGGUGCAUUAUCUGAGCACCAGAUACGAAAUCGUCGAUUUGGUUCUCGCUGCCACGAAUUCCGUUCGCGAUCGUUUCCUGGAGAUUACGAGAAACGCCGGUGUGUGCGUGAAGCGGCAUAAUGAAUAUUUUACCGAUAACAUGGAUGCAAAUGUCACGGUGCUGAUAGUCAUGAUUGGCGAGCGAAAUGACAUAGAACGAUGGUUGAGCGAGAAUGGGAAAUCAACGACUUCCAAAAAAACAUUGAUUCUGCUGCCGCUCGACGUGUUAAAUAUUUCAGAUCUUAUACCCUCCGGAUCGUACGUUAUUAAACCAGAAACUCCUGACUUUGAUUUCGAGAAAUUCACAAACGUGGACGAAUUUAUGAAGAACUCCGAGGAUUCGGCAUACCACUCUCCCUAUCUUCUCAGUAUUGGCAAAGCUAUAGUCGGCUUGGUGGAAGUUUCGUCGAGCGUCCGGGAGAGAAAUUGUUCCAUUGACAAUUGCGAUGACGACCAGAAUUGUGCGGCGACGCAGUUCCGUUCGGAAUCAACGCGGGAAAUUCGCGAGUCCGAUGUCUACGAGACUCUGCGCGUGCAACCAAAAUCGCAUUCGAUAAAAUACGUGGUUGCUAUGAAGACGCAACAUGAACUCGUCGAUGUUGCUCUUUAUGGAAUUGAAAUGUCCGAGUUGCGCGUUUUCUCGGACAAAAUGAUAUCUAGAAUGCCCGGGCUCUGUCUGGAGAAUCUCGUUGGGAAUUGCGAAAAUUGUACGAAUUUUCAAAAACGCGCAGACGAGCGUGAUGUUACCGAAGGAGACAUCAUUAGCAAAAGUGUCCUGAAAAGCAGCCUGUACGUUCCUGUUUUCCUGAUUGCUAUUGUGUGCGGCACGAUCGUAUGCUGCAUCAUCUUGAUUUUCAUCAUUUAUCGUUUCGUGACCGAUGAUAUCCUCGACGGCAAUCCGACUCUGACGAUCAUCCUCGUCCUGAUGAAUAUGUUCACUUUGCUAACAGCGUUGCCCUUCUGCAUGACGGACGAUUAUUUCGACGCGGAAAGUAUAAACGCUCAAAAGAUCCUUCUGACUACUCUCGCGUUUGGCUUCACAUUUUCGAUCGUGCUUUCGAGAACGCUGUUCAUGGCCUUGUCUACGAGUGGUGUUCUCAUCGCUCAUAUUAACGGAUACUUGCUGAGUCUCAUGGUGUUCUUCAUGUCCGGCGUGCAGAUCGCCAUAUCGAUCAUGUUUUUCAUUCUGAACACCGUGAAUUCGGCUGUGAUCGUUAGAAGCUCUACUUUUAUCGCGUUAUUAGGAUACGACAUGUUCCUUUUAAUCGCGCUAUUUAUCGCUUCCUUCUUCACUACUAAAAUACAGCGCAAUUAUAACGAGGGAAAGUGUUUUCUCGGAACUGCUGGCGGUUUGUUGGUACUAUGGACGACAUGGCUGAUUUGCUUCGUGUCGAUGCAGCCGGAGAAUCGCGAUGUUAUCGUUUCUUUCGGCAUAAUUGGCACCGCUUAUUUGAUUAUUUUUGGCAUCUUUAUACCAAGAAUCUAUUAUAUGAUUACGCUUCUGCCCGCGAGAAAAGAUCUCGAAAGCAAUAUCGGCCAUUCACCGGCUAAUUCGAUUGUCAACACGAUUGUUAGACAGUCGCGUACUUCUCACGUUUGUCCUACUCGGGAAAAUCAGAUUCUACAAAUGUCACCAAUGUAUCCAAACUAUUACGGGAGUCCAAAUCUGAGAUCGAAACACAUCGUUCGAUGCAGAAAUUCGAAUCACCACGAAAUGUCUGACUACGGAUUUCAGGCGGAAAUGAAAGAGAUUAACGCUGAUUACGACAUACCGCAAAUUUCUAUUGAAGAAGCAGAGUCUUCAAGAAACGUCAAAAUAGCACCAAAUGAUGUUGUAUACGCGCAGCCAAGGAUAUACACCUCGCAAAGAAUAGUUUUGGUGGAAAAUAAAAAUACAGAAAAUAUCCGCAGUAGAGAUAAUUCGUCACCCACUUCUAUAUCACACAGAAUGUAUCCCAUGAGAUACGCCAGUCCAGCGAAUGUUGUGAGAGAGCAAAGGAUCGAUGAAGAGAAUGAAGAUGAAGAAGAGGAAGAUGAUGAGGAUCGGGAAGAUCAAGAGAUCAAAAACGUCGUGAGAGUCACACGUUUUUAACAAAUUAAUGUACUCGAGUCAUCAUCUUCCUGUUUGACAUUGUGCACAGACUUGUAAAUUUUCUGCAAACUAAAUAA